AUGAAUCGGGAAAGUAGUCGUGAUAAAUUCAAUGGAGGUGGUCGUGGCUUUGGUAGUGGAGGUGGGAGGGGGGGAACGAGUAGUCGUGGUGGCCUACGUUCAUUUGGUGGUCGUGUUGGUGGAUCUGGAGGUAGUGGACGUUUCGGUAGUGACAGAAAAUAUGAUUUCGGUAAUCGUUCUGGAGGAAAUAGUCUUCGUCCAAUUGACUGGACUCGUGAAAAUUUACGACCAUUUGAAAAGAACUUUUAUCACGAGCAUUCUGCUGUUACACGCCGAGAACAGGUCGACUUGGAUAAAUGGUUUACGGACAAUCAAGUUACUGUGGAAGGGAAUGACCUUCCUCGUCCAGUUUUUGAAUUUCCUGAAGCAGGUUUCCCUCCAAUCAUCACUGAGAUGCUUUAUGCACAUUUCCAGAGACCGACAGUUAUUCAAUCGAUUUCAUGGCCAAUUGCUUUGAGUGGUAGAGAUAUGGUUUCUAUUGCGAAAACCGGUUCUGGAAAAACUUUAGCGUUUAUCCUUCCUGCUAUUGUUCACACGGCUAGUCAACCACCGAGAGGUCAUCAGAAAAGUCCCUCUGUAUUAGUUCUUUUACCAACUAGAGAACUUGCUCAGCAGGUUGAAGAAGUCGCAAAAGACUAUUGCAGGGCUACAAGUUUAUCAAUAACUUGUUUAUUUGGUGGUGCUCCUAAAGCAGCACAAGCUCGUGAUCUUGAAAGAGGUGUUGAUAUCAUAAUUGCGACACCAGGACGUUUGAUGGAUUUCUUAGAACUGGGCAAAACCGAUCUUCGAAGAUGCACAUAUCUUGUGCUUGAUGAAGCCGAUAGAAUGUUAGACAUGGGAUUCGAGCCGCAGAUUAGGAAGGUUGUAUCUCAAAUACGACCAGAUCGGCAGACACUAAUGUUUUCGGCAACUUGGCCAAAAGAUGUUAGAAAAUUAGCUAUGGAUUUCCUAACGGAUGCAGCUCAUUUGAAUGUUGGCUCAUUAGAAUUGUCUGCAAAUCAUAAUAUAACACAAAUUAUUGAAAUCAUUGAUGAAUCAAAUAAGCAGCAGCGUCUUAUGACUAUACUUGGGGAAAUCAUGAAUAAGGAAGAUCUUAAAGAGAUCUUGCAGGAAGAUUGUAAGACUAUAAUAUUUGUGGAAACAAAGCGUAAAGCAGAUGAUUUAACACGUUGGAUGCGAAGAGAUGGUUGGCCAGCUCUGUGUAUUCAUGGUGACAAAGGACAGUCGGAACGUGACUGGGCACUAAAUGAAUUUCGGACUGGCAAAACACCAAUUCUUUUAGCAACUGACGUUGCUGCCCGCGGAUUGGAUGUUGACGAUAUAAAGUAUGUAAUAAACUUUGACUAUUCAAAUAAUUCGGAAGACUAUGUACAUCGUAUUGGGCGGACAGGUCGACGAGAUAAAACCGGUAUCGCGUAUACUUUCUUCACUUAUGCAAACGCAGCAAAAGCCAAAGACUUAAUAAAGGUUUUGGAGGAAGCGAAUCAAGCAAUACCUGUAGAGUUGCAGCAAAUGGCAAAAGAUAACUAUACUGGAGGACGUGCGAGGUAUGGUGGAGGAUACAAACGGAGUUAUAGCGGUGGAAGCAGCGACUUUGCUAAAAAGCCUCGGUUUGAUGCGUCUAGCCGGUUGAAUUACGGCGAAAGUUGGUGA